UCGCAUCCGGCGGCGACAAAAUGGCGGCGGCGGCGGCGUUGCGGCGGCUGGGCCGGGAGGGAGCGGGGCUGGCGGCACGGGCGCCGUGCCGCGGUUACCGGCUGCUGCCGUCGGACGACGAGCUGUACCGGCGGACGCGGGUGACGGUGCUGCAGCCGGAGAACCCCGGCAGCGCCUUCAUCGAGGGCUACAGCACCCGCGGCUUCACCAUCAGCGGCAGCGUGGUGGUGGGGCCCUGCGCCGUGCUGCCCCGCGCCAUCCUGCAGUGGAACGUCGGCUCCUACCAGGACAUCUCCUUUCAGAGCCUGUCGCUGUUCCGGCUGCUGGAGCCCCCGAUCGAGAUCUUGGUGCUGGGUACCGGGGACAGGGUGGAGCGGCUCCAUCCCGCCGUGCAGAAGCAGAUGCGGGCGUGCGGGAUCGCCGUGGAUGUGCAGGACACGCCGAACGCCUGUGCCACCUUCAACUUCCUAACGAAUGAAGGGCGCUUCGUAGCUGCCGGGCUCAUCCCCCCGCGGGGCACCUACACGGAGGUCUAGGUGCCGCCCGCCUCCGCCACGGACUGAGCCCCUCGCCUGCCGGGUGCGCAGGGGCUGCUGCACUCCCUCAUCGCUGCUCCCGAGGGAGAAACGCUGCGGAAGGAACUGUCAGAGCCCGGCUGCCCAGCAGCGGCUCUCGGCGUGCAGGAGGGUGUUGGGAGAGGCCAGGGCUGCACAGCCCCCGGCACGCUGGGGGGGCUCCCCCAGGAGAAUACACAUAAAGUGGAAGUACA